AUGGCUACGUUCCAAGGAUUCGACACAAAGCCCGACCUGCAGACGAUCCACACGCAGAUGCAGAUGCGCGAGGCGAAGCCCUACAAAUGCACGCAGUGCAUCAAAUCCUUCGCGAACAGCUCGUACCUCUCCCAACAUAUGCGGAUCCACCUCGGCAUCAAGCCGUUCGGCCCAUGUCAAUAUUGCGGGAAGAAGUUCACUCAACUCUCCCACCUCCAACAGCACAUCCGAACGCAUACGGGUGAAAAGCCGUACAAGUGCAAGUUCCAGGGCUGUGAAAAGGCAUUCUCGCAACUGUCGAACCUGCAGUCGCACUCGCGGUGUCAUCAGACCGACAAGCCGUUCAAGUGCAAUAGCUGCUACAAAUGCUUCACCGACGAGCAGUCGCUGCUCGAACACAUCCCUAAGCACAAGGAGAGCAAGCACUUGAAGGUUCACAUCUGCCCGUUCUGCGGCAAGUCCUACACCCAGGCCACCUACCUGCAGAAGCACAUGACGAAGCACGCCGACCGGACGCGGAAUAUGCGGUUUAACGGCCCUGAAUUCACUGCCGAAACCGCUGGACUCGACCUGAACGUGGCGUGGAACACGGCCCAACUGCCGAUGACCGACGACCCGGCCACGCAGCACACCCAACAACAAUUGUCCUUCAACCCGUUCAACGCGUCGAUGGUGAACGUCUCCGGGCAGCCCACCCAAAACGCCACCUACCAGCAGAACGCCCUCAACAACGGGUUCGCCGCCUUUGAGCACCUGCUCAACUUCCAACGAAAUCCCCGGGGCUACCUCGACCAAUACCAGAACAACUUCACGAAGCCACCCUCCGAACGGGCAGCCGGCUUCAACAUGAUCACCCCGCUGGAGAACAUCCAGCGCUACACGCAGCAGGGCGGGGGCACGGCCACCGCCGCCGCCGCCCACCCC